GGCCGGGCUUAACCUGGCUGCUAGAGUCCAGCCCAGGGCAGUGGAUCGCGAGGCUGUUCCCAUCGGAGUUGCGGCUCCUGUCGCGUCGGGAUUGUAACUGUAAUGGGCAUCGAGGGGAAAGCCGGGAGGAAACUGUUGUUUCUCUUCACUUCUAUGAUCCUGGGCUCUUUGGUACAAGGCAAGGGUUCGGUAUAUACUUCUCAAACUGACGUCCAAGUUCCCGAGAAUGAGCCUGUCAGAUUGGGCUGUACCUACUCUGGCUUCUCCUCCCCCCGAGUGGAAUGGAAGUUUGUUCAAGGUAGCACUACCGCGCUUGUGUGCUAUAACAGCCAGAUCACAGUUCCCUAUGCGGAUCGAGUCACCUUCUCAUCCAGUGGCAUCGCAUUCAGUUCUGUGACCCGGAAGGACAAUGGAGAGUAUACUUGCAUGGUCUCCGAGGAAGGUGGCCAGAACUACGGGGAGGUCAGCAUCCACCUCACUGUGCUUGUGCCUCCAUCCAAGCCUACAAUCAGUGUCCCCUCCUCUGUCACCAUUGGGAACAGGGCAGUGCUGACCUGCUCAGAACACGAUGGGUCCCCGCCCUCUGAGUAUUCCUGGUUUAAAGAUGGGAUGUCCAUGCUUACAGCAGACGCCAAGAAAACCCGUGCCUUCAUCAAUUCUUCAUAUACCAUCGAUCCAAAGUCAGGGGAUCUGAUCUUUGACCCUGUGACAGCCUUUGAUAGUGGUGAAUACUACUGCCAGGCCCACAAUGGGUAUGGGACAGCCAUGAGGUCAGAGGCUGUACGCAUGGAAGCUGUGGAGCUGAAUGUGGGGGGCAUCGUGGCGGCUGUCCUGGUAACGCUGAUCCUCCUUGGACUCUUGAUUUUUGGCAUCUGGUUUGCCUAUAGCCGUGGAUACUUUGAAAGAGCAAAGAAAGGGACGGCACCGGGUAAGAAGGUGAUUUACAGCCAGCCCAGUGCUCGAAGUGAAGGAGAAUUCAAACAGACCUCGUCAUUCCUGGUGUGACCUGCUGCAGCUCAUCCAAUGUCCACUUGCCUGACCCAGGUGCUACAGCGUUCCGGCCCCUGCUGGCUGUAGCUGCACAGGAUGCCUUCAAUGUCUUCUGGAACCCAUAGGGACCCCUUGCUUUUAUUCUAGCUAGAAACAUCAGCUACUUCCCUCUCCUCUUUCCCCGCCCUCCCUCCUUCCCUUGCCGCCAUUGGGUGGCCUGAGACUAGUUACAAAGUUUUCAUUCCCCAUUGUCAAUUGUGGGAUUGGACAGGAGUCCUAGGCCAGACAGUAAUCAUGAGUGGGCUGACAGGAACCCAAAACCAAUACCUGGCUCUAAAGGCCUCUGAAUAAGGACUUUAAGUCUAGCUCCCCAGCUUUCUCCUCCCCCGUUGGAGUGCCAGCAGCUCUAGAGUGGGAGGGGGGCUGGAGAAAGGAGGGGCUGAGGCAUUGGAUGGUGACCUCAGGUCUCUAGUCUCUGGAGCCUGCUCUUCUUGUCUUCACAAUAUGUGCCACUGGGAUUCUCCUGGAUACAAAGUAAACUGACACCAUGUCAGUACCAGGUGGGAGGGCUCAGUUAACUCCCAGGAGACUUGGAGUAAGAAAGAUUUAAAGAGAUCUUUAAAAAAAAAAAAAGACUGGAACUGGUGGCUGUUAGUCACUCUGCAUUUGGCUGGAACUACUGCACGGACCCUUUUAAGAUGUGUGUGGAUGUGUGUGAAUGGAGGAGAUAUGUGCUUUAUAGUCUUGGGCUCUGUGUUUUUUUUUGUGUGUGUGUGUGUGUGUGUGUGUGUGUGUGUGUGUGAGAGAGAGAGAGAGAGAGAGAGAGAGAGAGGGGGAGAGGGAGCGAGAGAUUAGUUGUAUAUUGAAAUUGUUAUAUAGAAGGGCUUUCUAGCUCUUUGGCAAGGUUGUGUUUCUGUGUGUUUAUUAUAUUUGACAGAUGUUGCUGGAAAUAAAAACUUAAUUUGACA